AUGGCUCUUGGACAGCUGAAAAAUGGAAAAGCCCCUGGAGAGGAUGGCGUUACAACAGAGCUGCUGAAGGCCGGGGGUAAACCCGUACUGAGGGAGCUCCAAAAGCUCUUCAACGCUGUCCUGUUUGAAGGGAGAACUCCAGAAGCGUGGAGUAGGAGUGUGGUCGUCUUGUUCUUCAAAAAGGGUGACAAGACCAGGUUGAAGAACUAUCGACCCAUAUCCCUUCUAAGCCACGUCUACAAGCUGUUUUCGAGAGUCAUCACGAACCGUCUUGCGCGAAGACUCGACGAAUUCCAACCACCGGAGCAAGCUGGGUUUCGGAGCGGAUAUGGCACCAUAGACCACAUCCACACAGUGCGGCAGAUUAUACAGAAGACCGAAGAAUAUAAUCAGCCCCUGUGUCUAGCAUUCGUGGACUAUGAGAAAGCCUUUGACUCGAUCGAGAUCUGGUCUGUUCUGGAGUCCCCUGCAGCGUUGCCAAGUAGAUUGGCGAUACAUCAAAGUGAUGAGAUGUCUCUACGAAGCCGCCACCAUGUCCGUCCAAGUACAGAAUCAGCAAACAAGGCCCGUACCAUUGCAUCGAGGAAUGACAUCGUCAUCAUGGCAGAGACGUUGCAGGACCUACAGCAAAUGCUGAAUGACUUAGCUGACACUUCUGUACGCAUCGGCCUACGGAUGAACUUGGAUAAAACCAAGGUCAUGUUCAACGAACAUGUACUACCGGAACCGAUUGCGGUACACGGUGCCGUUCUCGAAGUUGUUCAAAAUUAUGUGUACCUCGGGCAGACAUUGCAGUUAGGUAGAAACAACUUCGAGGACGAGGUGAACAGAAGAAUUCGGUUGGGUUGGGCAGCGUUUGGGAAGCUACGUCGAGUCUUCUCAUCGUCGAUCCCACAGUGCCUUAAGACGAAAGUCUUUAAUGAGUGCGUCCUACCCGUCAUGACAUACGGAGCUGAAACGUGGACACUUACGGUACGGCUGGUCCACAAGUUCAAAGUCGCUCAACGUGCUAUGGAAAGGGCUAUGCUCGGCGUUUCUCUAAGGGAUCGCAUCAGAAAUGAGGUGAUCCGGCAGAGAACUAAGGUCACCGACAUAGCGUACCGGAUCAGCAAGUUGAAGUGGCAGUGGGCUGGCCAUAUUAGCCGCAGAACCGAUAACCGUUGGGGAAAACGAGUUCUUGAGUGGAGACCGCGUCUCGGCAAACGUAGUGUAGGACGCCCACAGGCCAGGUGGAGUGACGAUUUGCGCAAGAUGGCUGGCAGGAGCUGGAUGCGAGAAGCCCAAAAUCGAUCUAAGUGGCGUGCAAUGGGAGAGGCCUAUGUCCAGCAGUGGACUGCGAUAGGCUGA